AUGUCUAUCCCCAAAGCCGAGAUUGUCAACGGCUGCAAGACUUUCAUUCCUCUCGAGAAUAACCCUGAAGUGCUAUCCCAUCUCUGCGCGAACCUGAAUCUUGCAUCGGGCCUCACAUUCCACGAUGUGCUAUCCACUUCUCCCGAGCUACUUGCAUGGAUUCCUCGUCCAGUUCAUGCUCUGAUUCUGCUUGCGGAUAAGCCGAUUUAUCUCGCUGCUCGGGAGGCUGUGAUACCCACGAUACCGGAGUAUCAGGGGUCGGGCGAUGAACCUGUGUUAUGGAUGAAGCAGACGAUCGGUCAUGCGUGUGGCCUAAUGGCAUUGCUGCAUAGUGUGUUCAAUUUGGAUGACAAUUAUGUUGUGCCGGGAUCGGAGCUGGACGUUUUGAGGAAAAGCGCCGUUGAGCUUGCUCCGGCUGAGCGGGCAGAGUUGCUUUACACCUCGACUUUCUUGGAGGAAGCGCACAUGAAGGCUGCUGUUUCGGGUUCUUCGAGGGCGCCGUCACCACAUGAUGAGAAUCAUCAUCAUUUCAUAGCAUUCGUACAGAAGGGUGAUCAAGUGUGGGAGUUGAAUGGGGGCAUGAAUGGACCGUUGUUGCGAGGAAACCUCGAAGAGGAUCUAUUGAGUGAGCGAGGGCUGGCCUUGACGGUGCAGGACUUUCUAGAUGCUGCAGCUGCAGGAGGAUUUGGCGAAAUGAGCCUCGUGGCCGUCGCGGGAAAGGACUCGCAGUGA